AUGAAGAAAACUCUUUUAUUGCGAUCAGCGAUUGUUUGGAAUCGAUUCUUGACCGAAGGGAAGGGUCAGAACGAAACAACAUCAAAUGAAGCGACUCCAGCUAAGGUUGCCGACUGUGGUGAGGCUGCUUUUAAUAAUAUAUUAAUCGAGAAAAAAAACCGUAAUGACAUAUCCCGAGAUGUUGAGAAGAUAAAAAAAUUAACGGAUUUGGGAAUGUUUCUAAAAAGAGGAGUAGUCGACUGUGAAGUUCAUUUAAUGGAAAAACUUCUUUUAAAUAUAUCAAUACAAACUUUCAUAAACCUUCAAAAUAAAAAGACAAUAGCAACAUGUUCAACAACAGCUUCAUGUAUAAUUUUGUUCAGACCAGUUCUUACAGAACAGCAGCAAGUUAAAAGAGAUGAAGAAAAUUAUUCAGCUUGGUCUAAAGGGAAGAAAUCCAAGUUUUAUAAUGAAAUGAUAAAAAGUAUUUUACCUAACAAAGAGGCAAAUGUAAUUAAAAGUAAACUCGCCAGAUUAAUAAAGAAGUAUAAAUCAAUUAAGAAACAUAAUAAAUUAAUAAUCAAACUGGUAAAGAUAAAAAGGACUGGUAUUGGAAAUUUCUAUGCAGAUCAAUUAAUUCCGGCCGGAAUUAAAGAUUUAUUUAAUUCAGCAAAUAGAGAAACAGUCAUGGCUACAGCAAUAGCUGAAAUGGGUCAGAAAUUAAAAAAGGAACAAUUAGAAGUUGAAAAGGAGAGGUGGGUAUAUAAAAGAGAAAGAUCAAGGAUAGAAUUUGAAUUAAGAAUAAAAGAAUUAGAUUUGAAAUUUUAA